AUGGUGCUGCAAGACCUGUUCGCCAAAGAUGCGUCUUUAGUGGAAUUUACCAGGACACCAACGAAUAUUUGGAGGUACGCCAAAGACAAGUUCAAAAGAAUGAGAGGGACAUGUGAUAACCACUUGUCUUCCUAUUUGGAUGAAUUUAUGUGGCAUAGGAGCAUUGCCAGAAAUGAAAAUAAAUUUGAAAGGGCGCUCAUUCUUAUGAAGACAUUUUAUCCACGCUCCUCAAUGAAUUUUGAAAACAGAUGGGUCUUGAGAUCCGCUCUGAACUUCGCAAGUGAUGGAGAAGUAGUCAGAGAAGUAGAUAGAGAGUUCCAGAGAAAAGGACCAGAAAAAGCAAAAGCAGAUUUGGCAAAAGAGUGUUUAACACGAGUUAAGAAAAAGCGAGAAGAAGAAGACGAUCGUAAACCGGGGCGUUCAGAUCUAAUACAGUUCCUCAUCAAUUUUCGAUUGGUCAUCACUAUUUAUCACACAUGGACCACUUAA